AUGUCAUCAUCAAAGAAAUUACUGACUAAGAUGUACAUUAAUGAGAUAGUAAGGUUACAUGGUGUACCAAUAUCAAUAGUUUCUGACCGAGACCCUCGGUUCACAUCAGAAUACUGGAAAAGUGUGCAUAGAGCUCUGCAGACUAAACUAAAUUUCAGCUUAGCUUAUCAUCCACAGACAGAUGGCCAAUCAGAACGGACAAUUCAAGCACUAGAAGAUAUGUUGAGAUGUUGUGUUCUGGAGAUGAAAGGAUCGUGGGAAGAUUAUCUGCCUUUGGCCGAGUUUGCAUAUAAUAAUAGCUACCAAGCUAGCAUUCAGAUGGCACCAUAUGAGCUUCUUUAUGGAAGGAAGUGUAGGUCUCCUAUUCAUUUUCAAUGGCGUACAGAUUGGCAUUACCACCAGCCCUGUCUGGAGUACAUGAUGUAUUUCAUAUAUCCAAAUGAGAUCGUUGAGUUGUCUCCAGUAGAGCUCAAGCCAGAUUUGACCUAUGAAGAAAGACCAGAACGUAUUGUGGAUUAUAAAGAACAACUACUCCGACACCGAAUAAUCAAAUAUGUAAAAGUUCAGUGGAAGAAUCACUCUGAAAGAGAAGCUACUUGGGAGACUGAAGAUUCUAUGCGAGAGAGAUAUCCAGAGCUCUUCGAGAUAUAG